AUGAAUAAAAAUUCAAGGAUUCACGUUGGAGAAAGGUCUUUUCUGUGCAGUAUUUGUGCAAAGAAAUUUACUAAAAGGUGCAGCUUGAGAAUUCACGAAAGAAUUCAUACGGGUGAAAAACCUUACCAAUGUCGAGUGUGCAGCAAGAAUUUUGCUCAGUCAUGUAAUUUGAAAGCCCAUGAAAGGGUUCACACUGGAGAAAAGCCUCAUCAGUGCAGUAUUUGUGCGAAGAAAUUUGGUGUAAUGAACAGCUUGAGAAGCCACGGAAGAAUUCAUUCGGGUGAAAAACCUUAUCAGUGUCGAAUGUGCAACAGGAAUUUUUCUCAAUUGUACAAUUUGAAGAUUCAUGAAAGAAUUCACACUGGAGAAAAGCCUCAUCAGUGCAGCAUUUGUGCAAAGAAAUUUAGUACAAUGUGCAGCUUGAUAAGCCACGGAAGAAUUCAUUCUGGUGAAAAACCUUAUCAGUGCCGAGUGUGCAACAAGAAUUUUUCUCGAUCAACUACUUUGAAGAUUCAUGAAAGAGUUCACACUGGAGAAAUGCCUUAUCUGUGCAGCAUUUGUGCAAAGAAAUUUACAUAUUUGAGCAAUUUGAGAAUGCACGAAAAUAUUCACAGAGAGUAA